CAUGACAUCGGUAAACAUGACAAAAGAAACCGCAAAAUAAGGACAUCUGUACAUUUCCGUCGUCCAAAAACCCUUAAGCUGCCCAGGGCUCCCAAAUAUCCACGCAAGAGUGUGAACAAGAGUAACAAACUUGAUCAGUAUGCAUUGAUUAAGUACCCUCUGACCACUGAGUCUGCCAUGAAAAAAAUUGAAGACAACAAUACUCUUGUAUUUAUUGUCGACAAGCGUGCUAACAAGCCCAUGAUAAAGAUGGCUGUCAAGAAACUGUACGAUAUUGAAGUAUCAAAGGUUAAUACAUUAAUUAGGUCUGAUUGUGAAAAGAAAGCCUAUGUGCACUUGGCUCCAGAUUAUGAUGCCUUAGAUGUUGCCAAUAAGAUUGGAAUCAUCUAAAGUGGAGUAUAACUGCAUUAAAAUUUGUUCUAAA